CUGAGGGCGGUGACCUUGGUGCCCUCCAGGACUCCCUGAUGGCUCACAUUCGUAGCCUGGAGUCUCUUGGUGUAGACAGGGACAGGUAUGGGGUGGUGCUAACACCUCUAGUGCUCUCCAAGCUACCAGAAGAGGUGCGGCUCGAAUGGGCGAGAACCUCUGAAGGGAAAGAAGGGGAUCUUACACACCUGCUGACCUUCCUGAAUGAUGAAAUAAGUCGUCGUGAGAGAUCUGGACAUUGUAUGGAGCUGGCGGGUGUACCAGCUGCUGUUCCUGCCCUCUCUGGGACAGGCGCGACUCCAAGAAGGUCAUCUCGGCGAGCUCCUGAGGCUCGUGGCCCAGCUGCUCCUGCCACCGGCUCAUCUUCAAGGAGCUCGAGGGAUCACAGCCUCCGUCAACCUGCUGCAGCUGCCCUGGCUGCUCCCACCAGGGAGGCAGUGGCCUGCUGCGGCUUCUGCCAGCGUCAGCAUCGAACAGAUAGGUGCCCAGACUGGCUGAUGCUCAGACGCAGAGACAGGUUCCAACAAGUCAAAGUAAGUGGACUCUGUUUUGCUUGUCUGGGGUCAGGGCACAGUGCUCGAACGUGUAAAGCCAGGUGUGCACAGUGUAAGGGGAGACACCAUGUGACAUGCUGUCUGCAACUGGAGAACUCUGAUGAUGUGGAUGCAAAACCUGCUGCCAGUGUGGCUGUUGGGAGAGUGGGUUCAGGGGUAGGGUUUGUGGGCCCCAGUCCCUCCCAGGGUGCGUCCAGUGUGACCAACCCUGCACGCAGUGUGGGUUUUGGCGGAGGAGGUACUAGAAGGGAGGGGUCAGGGGUGGGACCCUACCCUGGGAUGGGCCCCAGUCCUCCGCCAGGGAUGUCCCUGUCAUGUAACACCGGUGGGAAGUGUACAUUCUUACCAACUGCCACUGUUGAUGUCAUGUCUGAGUCUGGGCCUGUGAAGGCUCAGCUGAUAUUUGACUCUGGCUCUGACCGGACCUAUGUCUCUGAGCGGCUGAUGAAGAAGGUGUCUGGUCAGUGGAAGGGUACUGUUGAAAUGACCUAUGCUGCCUUUGGGGGUGGAAAGUCGAGUGGUGUAUGUAACAUGUAUGAGCUUGAACUGACUGGUGCCAAUCUGCCUGUGCCUAUACUGCAAAGGAUCCAGGCUGUGGAGGUGCCCGUGAUCAGUGCUCCUCUGAUGCGUCCAACUGUGGAGGCGCAUCUCCUUCAGUCCUUCCGACACGUGGAGAUGGCUGACGACUUCUCGGCUGAGACCCCACUCCAGAUCGACAUCUUGAUUGGUCAGGACUGCUACUGGUCUAUGGCCAGUGGUUAAAGCAGGGAGCACCACCACCAAGGUGCGUCCCGUUUUCGACGCUUCAGCGAAAGGCUCCAGUGGACUGUCUCUGAAUGACUGUGUAGAGAUCGGGC